ACAACGGUGGCACAUACCUCAUUUUUGUACCUCAAAAUAAAACUAGAGUGUAAAGAAAAAAAAAACAUUGGGAGCUGCAAUUUCUGUGAUUUAACUUACUGGGUACGCUUCAAUUUGUCAUUGCCAUAAUUUGUCUAUAUACAGUAUAUAAAUAUAUUUUGUAUUUAUGUUCCAUUUGGGGGAUACCAAUAAGUUUGCCGCGCUUUUAAUAAAAAUGUUUCUGAGGUUUAUUGUGGAUCUGUGCCAGUAAUACACGUAUUGAUUUUCUGCUUAACUCGACUGUUGACACAAAAUAAAAAUCAAGACAUUGCAUUUAUUCGAGGACAUUUCACAAUGUUUACUGGAACAAAGCACAAAAGGCCUCUUAAAACCUGCUUCCUUCUGUUGGAAUGUGAACAGUUCACGCAAACAAGCAUUUUAAUUCGGCCUCGUGGUUUUUGUUUAGACGGCCUGACUUUUCCCUCAGUUUUUUUCCCAUGAGGCAAAAACCUCCAAAAUAACUUGACACCCAUCAUUGUGGUGUAUUAGGUUGCAGCUACUCUUAACAGAACACCUCUAAUAGUCACUUUUUGUAGCUUAACUAGAUUACAGUCAUAAUAGUAGAGUCCAAAACCGAACUAGAACAAAAAUUUACUUUUACAGAGAUCCUGUAAAAUUGGAUCCUGUAAAACUUCCUUCCAAACAAGCGGCAGUUUGGCAGAUAGUGAAAACGUCUUCAAGAAAGAGGCUUUUAAGCUGUUAAAUACCAUUGAGGUUUACUGUCAGUGUCAAAUAAAACAAAAGAAUAUUCCACAACGCAUAUUUAGGCCCACACAACUUUGCAUUAGUCAGCUAGUUUAAUGCUAACACAAGAUGGAAAACGCCAUGAAAUGGCAUUGCUGCUGCACUGUUUACAAGUGAAAUGGAUGUUUGAACACUGAUGGGACAGCAACACACGUAGACAGACAAUAUACCAAUACAGACAUGCAUUCUUUAUUCUCUGUAAAGAGCAACUGAUAUUACAGCAGCUUACUGAGGAGUUGUUACUGGCUCUCUAUGUCUGUAUUAUACUGAGCCCUACUGGCCAAGGUGGCCACACCAGAAGGAGCCACACAAUUAAUGAAUAUGAUGUACAAACUUAAUUCUUAACCUUCCAUUUUAUUAUGUUAGUAUUAUGUUUUUUAUGGGGUACAAUACUACAGAGUGCUAUAUUAAGAAACUACAAAUAUUUUCUGCUUUUGAAUGGAGGCUGGAACAGACUGAUAUUUCCGUUAAUUUCAAUAGGGGGAAAAAUGAGCGUUUUGAGUUACGCGCGUGAUCAGGAAAUAAACCUGGAAGUCACGGCAUCACUGUAGUAUAAAGUGUAGUAUUGUGUACAGGUGCGCCUUACAGCUUUAAAAAAAAAAAAAAAAAAAAUCACAGUUAGACUACAUUCCGUAUGAGUGUCCAUUACAACAGAAUAGCGACAUGGAAAAAUGCGGAAAAUGUCAGGUUUUACAGGCAGUGUAAAAAGGGGUGGUACAGAUUGGCGUUGUCCCAGUUCUACAGCUCUGAUACUUCCUCCAAUAGCGGAUCUUGUUACUGGUAGACAACCCCAUGAUACGGUGUUGGUGCCCACUAUUACAGAACAGCGAAACGGAAAAAGGUAGAAUAAUUAUUUUUUACAGCCAACGUGAAAAUGGCUGUGCACACAGGCGGUGGUGGUACAGCUCUGUUACUAACAUUUGCCAGGCUUAUGUCUGCUUUUACAGGUCGUGUAAAGGUUUUUUUUUUCGACACAGGUGUUGUUGCUUCUCUGUUACAGGUGAGUUCGUCCUCCCAUUUUGUAUUAGUAGCAUUUAUACAGAAGACUGAUAGAGAAAUUGUACAAUGUAAUGUAAAAUCUUUUCCAGGCGGUAAAAAGGGGUCUGACACAUUCAGCCCUCCACUGUGUAAUUUCACCCCUUCCUCCUCCCGACCAUUCCCACAUACUCCCCCCACCCCCCCCCCCCCCCUCCUUAUCUGCUCUGCUGCCCUCUUACCCAGAAUGCAGCGCAAGCAGACGGCGCAGGCUCAGCUGUGCUAUAAAAAGGCAGAGCGUGGGGGAAGGAGGGCUGCCGUUCAGAAGGAACCGUGCACACUCGCUCGCUGGUGGGGAGAUCCACAGGGUCUGCGGCCAGCCCCUCGCACCGGGAGAUCUCGAGACAGGAGCCACAGGAAAGACAAGAUCAAAGACGCUAAAAUCAUCUUUGUGGUCGGCGGGCCCGGGUCCGGCAAGGGCACCCAGUGCGCGAUGGUGGUGAAAAAGUACGGCUUCACCCACUUGUCGUCCGGCGACCUGCUCCGCGCCGAGGUGGACUCGGGCUCUGAGAGGGGCAAGCAGCUUCACGCCAUCAUGCAGAAGGGAGAGCUGGUGCCCCUGGACACAGUGCUGGACAUGAUUAAGGACGCCAUGAUCGCCAAGGCCGACGUGUCUAAGGGCUUCCUCAUCGACGGCUACCCCCGCGAGCUGAAGCAGGGCGAGGAGUUUGAGAAGAAGAUCGGUAAACCGUGCCUGCUGCUGUACGUGGACGCCAAGUCCGAGACCAUGGUCAAGAGGCUUCUGAAGCGCGGCGAGACCAGCGGUCGCUCGGAUGACAACGAGGAGACCAUCAAGAAGCGUCUGGACCUCUACUACAAGGCCACCGAGCCCGUCAUCACCUUCUACGAGAAGCGUGGCAUCGUCAGGAAGGUGGACUCUGAACUUCCUGUGGAGGAGGUCUUCAGCCAGGUCUCCAAAGCUAUUGAUGCACUGUAGUUUAUAUAUAAAAAAAAAAAAAAACACAA